AUGCCGGAAGAUUUCCGAGAAGAGCUCGGGAAAGAAAUGCGCGAUUUCAAAACAAAACUGGAACGCGAACUCAGGACAGAAAUGCGUGAAUUUAGGAAAAGUUUGGAAUUCAUGAAUGAUGAACUUGAAAAGACAAAGAAAGAACAGAAAGAACUUCUCAAAGAAAAUAAGGCGCUCAAAGAAGCAAACGCAAAGCUAGCUGCAGAUUGUGAAAUGCUGAAAAAGCAGAGCUCUGAACAUGAGCAGCGGCUCACUGCGUCGGAACAGUACUCACGCAACCGAAACAUUGAAAUUAAAGGCAUACCCCUAUCGAGUGAUGAAAAGCUUCUCGAGACUCUUCAUCGUGUUGGAGAACUUUUGAAUGUCCCCAUUGAUGAAAGCGACGUCGAAGUUUGCCACCGUGUUGUCUCGAAGAAUGUAAAGGACACUCCAAACAUUGUUGCACAAUUUAAAAGCCGCUCUAAGCGGGACAUGGUUCUUCAUAAGGCAAAGAAAAUGCGCAUAACAAGUGAAGAUUUCGGUCACUCGCAAGGGACGCCUGUGUUCAUAAACGAACACCUAAGCCCAGCCAUGAAGCACCUGCUUGGCAUGGCAAUUGCGAAAAAGAAGGCUCAGAACUGGCGUUUCGUGUGGACGAGCAACGGAAAGAUUCUCGCCAGAAAGGAAGAAUCCGCUCCGGUAGUGCGCAAUCGCACUGCGCAGGAUGUUGAAAAGAUAGUGUGA